ACAAAACCACUUUAAACUAUUUUCAUUUUACUCUGACAAGAGGGAAAAAGGGUCGCUUGUUAUGGCGCUUUCCCGGCUAAGGAAUCCGGUCGUCUCACGCGCCGCCUCUAAUCUCUUCAAAGCUCGCUUUAUAUCCACGUGCCACCAUCGUUCCUCUGGAUCCCUUGCACGCUCUUCUAGUGGGGAAAACUCAUUUGUACAUGGCAAUGGCUCCUUUUUAAGGCCUGCUUCAUUAUUCGUGAACACUGGCGUGCAAGAUAGUUCUUUGAAGCUUAAGUUACGAAUCGGUUUUCGUCAUUACUCAUCUUCAGAGGCUCCACCUCAUUUGAUCAUUGGAAUGCCUGCAUUGUCUCCUACAAUGACUCAAGGUAACAUAGCAAAGUGGUAUAAGAAAGAAGGAGAUAAAAUAGAAGUGGGUGAUGUACUGUGUGAAAUUGAGACGGACAAAGCAACACUGGAGUUCGAAUGUCUUGAAGAGGGGUUUUUGGCGAAGAUUUUGGCACCCGAGGGUUCCAAGGAUGUGCCUGUAGGACAGCCCAUAGCUAUAACGGUUGAGGAUGCAGAUGACAUCCAAAAUGUUCCUGAUGUUAAUAGCGGAGCACAAGUUAAAGAGGAAAACUCACCUGAGCAGGAUACCAAAAUUGAAGACCAGGGAACCAAAUCCGUUAAGAUUGACACUUCUAAGCUUCCACCUCACAUUGUUCUUGAAAUGCCAGCAUUAUCACCAACAAUGAACCAAGGUAAUAUUUUCAAGUGGAGUAAAAAAGAAGGAGAUAAGAUAGAAGUGGGUGAUGUCAUUUGUGAGAUAGAGACGGACAAAGCCACCCUUGAAUUUGAAUGUCUUGAAGAAGGGUAUUUGGCUAAGAUACUGGCACCAGAAGGCUCAAAAGAUGUGGCAGUCGGGCAACCUAUUGCAGUCACUGUCGAAAAUCCAGAUGAUAUCGAAAUUGUAAGGACUUCUGUUAGUGGUAGCAUGGAGGCCAAAGAAGAAAUACUUGUCCAGCAUGAUUCGAAGGAUGAAACUCAAGAAGGAAAGGGAAGCUUUACAAAGAUUAGUCCCACUGCUAAGUUGCUGAUUUCAGAGUAUGGGUUGGACACAUCAAUGUUAAGGGCAUCGGGGCCUCAUGGAACUCUUCUUAAGACUGAUGUUUUGGCUGCAAUUAAGUCAGGCAAGGGGUCUGCGAGUAAAUCUACACCCAAGGAGAAAGCAGCUCCAUCACCUCAAAAAGGCCCACAAGCUUCCACCAAAUCUUUGCCAGGAUCCCAACCACAGCAGUCAGAAUCAUUUGAAGAUUUUCCAAAUACUCAAAUUCGCAAGAUUAUAGCAAGAAGAUUAUUGGAAUCAAAACAGACAACACCACACUUGUAUUUAUCAACAGAUGUUAUACUGGAUCCUCUUCUCUCUUUUAGAAAGGAGCUCAAAGAGCAGCAUGAUAUUAAAGUUUCAGUAAAUGACAUUGUCAUCAAAGCUGUUGCGAUUGCCCUGAGAAAUGUACCAGAAGCUAAUGCUUACUGGGAUGUUGAUAAAGAGGAAAUUGUUUUGUGUGAUUCUGUUGACAUAUCAAUAGCAGUUGCGACUGAGAAGGGCUUAAUGACUCCUAUUGUUAGGAAUGCAGACCAGAAAUCCAUUUCAUUGAUCUCUGCAGAGGUAAAGCAACUAGCCGAGAGAGCUCGGACAGGGAAGCUUGCACCAAAUGAGUUUCAAGGAGGGACUUUCAGCAUUUCAAACCUGGGAAUGUAUCCGGUAGAUCAGUUUUGUGCAAUUAUAAAUCCUCCACAGGCUGGCAUCCUAGCAGUUGGUAGAGGGAACAAAGUUGUUGAGCCACUACUUGGGAGUGAUGGAAUUGAGAAGCCUGCCGUGGUUAACAAAAUGAACUUGACUUUAUCUGCUGAUCAUCGCGUUUUUGAUGGCAAAGCUGGAGGCACAUUCCUAUCAGCUUUGCGAUCAAACUUUAGUGAUAUUCGGAGACUUAUUUUGUGAGGCCUAUCUGACUAAACAAUUGGCUUUCAAAGUAUAUGCCAAGGCGGAGGAUGUUGUCGUAAAGGUAGUUAGGAAUUUCUGUGAGAUAUGGUGCCAAUUUAUUCGUGGAGAACAUCUCGCAGGUGGUUGAGCUGAUUUUGUUAAAUUUUGCCAUUCAUUGAAGUUUUCCUGUUAAUAGUUAGAGCUCAUUGUUUAUGGAGUCAAUUUUCUAACAUUAUGAUAUUUCCAGCGUUUAUCUCUGCGACAAAAUUAUUGUUAAUUGGAAUAAUAAAAAUGUACAACAGAAACACUAAGAAUUGUAAUAAAAUGCUCAUCUGAUACAGUGCUCGUAUA